GAGCUCUCCCAACGCUCACCGUGCAUUGUCCUCCGAGCCUGCACCCGCCUUUCCCCACGACUGCCAAUCCUGUAAUAUCGUACCCAGACAAACGGCGCGCAAGAUUUGGACCUGGGCGCAUGGGCAGUUGGGUUCUGUAAUAAGAGUCGCGUUGCAGGUGGAAGGCGCGUCGUGCUUGAGGACCACGCGCAAGCACUCACAACCGCUUAUUAGUGCGCGCGCAUUCAGACAAUAGAGUCGCAUAGCAUCUGGGAAGCUGUCUCCAGGCCCUUCACCUCCCGCUGCUCUCCACCGUCCCACCGUGCAUUCCCACGUCUAGUCUUGAGAACACCGCGCGAUCAUGUUCUUCCUCAAGGAGCUCGAGAAGACGAUCCAGCUGCAUCCGUCGUACUUCGGUCCCCUGAUCCGUUCACACAUACACAAGGAGCUACUGCAGAAAGAGGAGGGUUCGAGCACCGGAAAGUACACCAUCGUGUGCGUCCUGGACUCGUUCGACAUUUCCGAUGGACAAGUGAUGCCUGGGUCCGGCUCUGCCGAGUAUGUCGUCCACUACAAGGCUAUCGUGUGGCGGCCGUACAAGGGAGAGGUGCUGGACGGUAUAGUUACCUCAGUGCUCCGUACCGGCUUCUUUGUCGAGUGCGGCUCCCUACAGGUCUUCGUGGGUCGUAAUAUGAUUCCCUCCGACAUCACAUUCGACGCGAACGCGACACCUCCUCAAUGGACCGACAACAGCGAACAAGUCAUCGAGAAGGGCACUAAUAUUCGCAUCAAGAUCAAGGGUAUCCGAUCUGACAUCGAUAAAAUGUAUGCUGUCGGAACCAUGAAAGAGGAUUACCUUGGCCCAUUGUCGCAAUAGAGUGGCAGCGAUGGGAUAGCGCUUGGCAAGGACGAUAGGCCAAGACGAGGCAGUCAGCAGAAGCCUGGCGCCUCUUUGGCGAAGACGAACAAGGUGACUUUGCCACAGACUGGUACAGAAGAGUCACCGUAUGGCGAGUCGAUAACACCGAGACUGUACAUGUUGUGGGAUUCCCCGGAGAAACACUCUGCUGUAAAAUCAUGUGUAGCUCCAAAUGCUUGCAGGUGCUAGAUGGGAAGUAUGAGCGCGAGGCUGAUUCCAGACUCGUAGCGGCGGAGUUGGGUAAGGGGCUCCUUAGUAUUCAUGCUACCCCGAAAAGGAUUUGAAUAAAACAAUGCGUCUUGAUGUCUUC